AUGACGGUACCUUGGAAGGUCAACUUCCUUGCAGCACUAUGGCUAAGUGCAACCUUUGUCAGUGCGAGCCUCAAACAAGAGACCUCCUCUGGAGCAGCCGUCUUCACGCACCCAGUCUAUCCUAGAGUUCUUGUCCCAAGGCAAGAACAAGAAAUUCCAGCUGAUGACCGGAAUCCUCCUCCCCCAAUCGUCCCCAAUCCUCAGCCAAAUGAACCAGCGCGCCCAAACACGCCUGUACCAGCUCCUGAGCCAGAAACAACAACUGAGCCCAACAAUCCUCCCCCACCAGUCACGACAACAGCAGCGCCGGCUCCUCAGGAGCCAGAGAUCACAACGGAGCCAGAGAACCCGCCUGCUCCAAUUACGACGGAGAAGCCAGAUACACCAGAGGAGCCGAAGACCACUGAUGUCGCUCCUGUACCAGUACCGGUUCCAGUUCCCAACAAACCUGAUGAUCCGAAGAAACCCGAUGACCCCAAGAAGCCAGAUGAUCCUAAGAACCCUGACGAUCCUGAGACUCCAGACAUUCCAGAUGUUCCCAAGAUCCCAGAUGUCCCUAAGGUCCCGGAUGUCCCCAAGGUUCCUGACACUCCCGAUGAUCCUAAGAAGCCUGACAAUCCUCAAGAUCCCAAGGACCCUGAAAACCCUGACGAUCCUAAGAAGCCGGAUGAUCCUAAAGACCCUAAGGAUCCCGAAAACCCAGACCCCAAGGACCCUAAGGAUCCCGAUCCUAAAGACCCUGAGAACCCUGAUCCUAAAGACCCCGAAGAUCCCAAAGAUCCAAAAGAUCCCAAAGAUCCUCAAGAUCCCAAUGAACCAGAUGAUUGCGAGAAAAAGGAUCCGGCACCAUGCACAAAGACUGUUUCCUUCUACUCAGAAAGCGAGACAUAUACCAGGUACGUCUACAGUCCAAGACCUCUUGUCAUCAGCAUUUCUAAUAGAGAACCUAUAGUACCCAUCUUCCCAGAGGAGUCAGUCCUCUGGGGCGACGUACCAGCCGACAACGAGGCCAUUCCUACAAUGGAAGCGAUCGAAGACGACACAUCUCGAUAUUUCCAGCAGGUCUUUGAUGAUGAAAACAUCUCUAUCAAUGAUGCUCAACACCCCGAUGUUCAAUGCCAACAACAAAGCAGCAACGACGUACCUCGCGAUUGCUUUAUGUCUAUCUACUCCAAGUUCUGCGCCGACGUUAAUGGACAUGAGGGCGAUGAGUUGAGCAAGAACCUCACUGGUGCCGAUGCUGAAAGCGGUUCUCAAGAGAAGCGCGCGUCGCUUAACAUGAGAAGACACAUGCUUCGGGAACGAGCUGAGCCUUGCGAUGGCUGGGUCUUCGAAUACGACUGGAGCGGUGCAAAGGGCGAUUGCCAGAUUCCCUGCGGUGAUUCAAUGUACGCUUUCGGCGACGAGUGUUUUGACUCUGAGAACAGCUUUCUCGAGGGUACUAUCGAUGUAGGAUGCGGUACCUACAAGUACACCGCUAUGCCUACCACGUCGACGACAGCACCACCUUUUCACUUAACUGGUCUACCAACUCUCACCGAUGUUCCUGGACCUAUCUCAACCCCUGACGGUAGCUCAUGCGCCGAGACAGCGACUAACACACAAUGUGCUCAGGGCGGAGGUGGUAGAGGACAAGCAUGCGUCGAGAACACAUACUGUGCCUCAUGGGUCUCAACUAAGCCAACAGAAGCUCCCGCACCACCAGAGCAGAAAACCACACCGUUAGAGUUGGGCCCAGUGUUCUGCAAGAACAAGGGAGGUGAUCACAAGGACGUCAGCCCAGGCGCUGUGCGCUCUUUGGCAGAUGCGUACUGCGAGGCCAACUUGCCUGUUGAGAUGAAGCCCGGGAGCCCUGUCUCUGGUACUACCAAGAGCGAUCUCUAUUACUACGAGGUUUCAUGGGUUGAGGGAUGCAAGACGACUGUGGAUUCACAGGAUCCGUAUACGCCGUUAGGAAAGGAUGGCCCGCUGUGCAAAGAUCUGUUUGUGAAGGCUUAUGCAGGCUGUGACAAUGGCGGUAUUGGAGGAUACAUUGAUGCGGGUUGUGUACGAUAUAUGUUCCUCGGCGCUCAGUAG